UGGCCACUAGAGGUCACUAAGUUCAUGCUUCCAUUGAAUGUCAAUCAUAUUACCGGGUUGAGACUGCAACCCCGGAAUCUGAAUAGCGACAGAUGGUUUCUCAGCUUGUGUUUUUGCCUGUGUCUGGGGAAAGAUAUGGAUAUGCCUUUUUGAUGAUAAAGUCAGCGAUUGUUGCAAGCAGCAUUAUAUUGAGGAUUUGCAGUUGCACCCCUUGGUGAGCGGAAUGAGUUUUCACGGUGCUUGAAGAAGAUUGAAAAUAAAUGAUUAACGUUACACCCGUUAGAGACUCUCUGCUUGUUAUCGGGAAACCAGGGGGCAGCUACAGUGAAAACUCAACCGCUGAGCCAUCCAUCCACGCCAUCUUCGUUCAGCUGAUAUGAGAUCGGCCAACGCUACACGUGCGAGUGUGUGGAUUCCAUGGCUGCAGCGAGAGGCCUUCAUCGACUAAGCUGGUAAACUCGACUUGAGACAUCAAUAUAGAAGUCAGUGCCACAAACGGAAUUACAUGCUCAGUUAAUUCAUAUGGGACUUUGCACAUUUUAAGAAAAUAAAGAAAGGCAAUAUCCAAAUUACUUCAAGAGGAUUUUGACUGUGCUACAAAGUACUGUAAAUGCUAGACCAGUAAGACAAAGCACAAAGUCUAAUGGCACAAUUGUUUCACUUCUCCUGAAAGACUUUAACCCUUUAAUUCUGACAUCUUUGAGAAAUAAAUUGUCUGUUUGCAAAUUGUCAGCAGUAAUCUUGUUAAGACAUUUGUAUUGUAUCUGUUUACUCUUUGGGGUCCAGCACAAGUGUAAACGUCUGAUGUAAGUGGCAGCAUAGUUGAGAAGUCUAAACCGUCAUUUACUUCAAAUUGAGUUUAGAUGUAACCCCCCCCAAAGCUUUAUAGUUUAAACAGAUCUACUGAGUCUUUACAAUGUCAUCUCCUGCCGACAAUAUGGAAAACCCUUCAGAAGCACACCAGACUAGGUCAAGCUCCCGUGAGCGUAGUUUAACAACAAAGGGUCAAGAGUUACGUGAACAGGAAGCAAUGAAAAAUGAAAGGACAUUCAACAAAGCCUAUGAUGCCUGGAAACACGUAGCAAAGGAGGUUAGAACCAAAUUAAAAGUUUUCUGCUCUGCUGAGGAUCUUGAUAGGAUUCAAACAGAAGUCAAAUCUAAACAAGCUAUAGUACACCAAAAUUAUGAACCCAUUCGACGCAAUCAAACCGCUACUCCAGUUAUCACCAAAAGAAUGGAUGCAUGUGACACUCUAACAGUUGAGAUCUGCGACCUUGUCAGCAAACGACUAAAGAACAUAGACGAGGCUUUCAAUGACCAACUAGAGAAAGCGAGAGUGAGAAUAGCGCUAAAUAAGGAUGAUUAUGGGUCAGUUUUUGGGAAUACUAAAACAGAAACAGUAACUUCUGAAUCAUUACAAAGAUCAGAACUUAACUCAAGCGUCAACUCAAAAUCCUCUAGCAAACGUGCAGACGCCGAAGCAGAAUUAGCAGCCAAAGUAGAAGAGGCUAAAGCCAUGCAAAAAAUACAAGCCCAACAAGCGAAACUCGACAAACUGGAAAGUGAAUGGAAACUCAAGGAAACUCAAAUGUUAGCAGAAAUAAAGCAAAGGGAGGCUGAAAUAAAACAAAAGCUAGAAGCGGAAAAGACAAAGUUGCAACAACUACAAGUAAAUAGUGAAGUAAGAGUAGCAGCAGCUCGCGUGAGAGCCUAUAACAACUUUGAUGGUCUCGAAAGUUUUAAGGAAGACACAGAUCAGGAAACUCAGCAUGAUCAACAAGACAUGGGACCUGAGAUCUCGCUAAAUCCGCAAGCAGCACCUUUCCAGCCUCACUUUAUACCCUCCAACGUGAAAGUAACUCAGGAGGAAUCAGGUCUCGCUCAGGCAAUUGCAAGCUCACUUACCUUAAGCCGCCUACCUGUUCCCGAACCGACUGUGUUCUCUGGUGACCCUCUAAAGUUCAUAGACUGGAGGAUAUCUUUCUUGGCUCUCAUCGAUCAGAAACCCCUUCCUGCUAGUGAGAAAAUGUUUUACUUAAAGAACUACCUCGCUGGGGAGGCACGUAAGGCCGUAGAAGGAUUUUUCUUCCACAACUCAGAGCAAGCAUACAAGGGCGCCUGGGCAGUCUUACAGGACAGAUAUGGAAGUCCAUUCAUUGUCCAAAGAGCAUUCAGGGACAAGCUCACAAAGUGGCCAAAAAUUGAGGCAAACGAUCCAAAUAGCAUUAAGAGAGUUCGCAGAUUUCCUUCAAGGCUGCGCCAAGGCCAUACCUCACGUCAAGGGCCUGAGCAUUCUAAACGAUUGUGAAGAAAAUCAUAAACUCCUUAAAAAGCUGCCUGAAUGGAUGAUACGCAGAUGGAGCCGUAUAGUUGUAGAAGAGCUAGACAGGUCUGGAGAAUUUCCAAGCUUUGCACACUUCACAGGAUUUAUGCAAGAAGAAGCUCGCGUCGCCUGCAACCCCAUUGCAUCCCCUCUCUUGAUGAACCUUAAACCUAGCGACGAGAGAUUCCCAAGAAGAGCUAAGGCACUCAACACAAGCAUACAAACGAAAAGCCCCAUCUCAGGAACCAUCGAAAACCCAAACUUGAGGCUACCUUGCUUAGUCUGUAAGGAUGAAACACACAGCGUCGUCAAGUGCCCAGCCUUCGCAGCAAAGACUCCAGAUGAAAAGAAAGCCUUCAUCCUCGAAAACCACCUGUGCUUCGGAUGCCUAAGGAAGGGGCAUAUUACGAAGGCAUGUAAGAGGCGUCACACCUGUGUUACUUGUGGCCGACGUCAUCCAACCUGUCUGCACAUAGACAGAGACAGGAAUCCCGCUGAACCUGCAGACAGAGAGUUUACGGCUCCAGGGAACCCACAAGCAAGGAAAUUCAAAGGGUUAUGUCACAUGCUUUGACCCAGCAUAGCUCUGCUACAUCUAGCAUUGUUCCAGUUCUCGUGUCGUCAAUCAAAGAACCCAAGAAGGAAACACUCACCUAUGCCUUGCUCGACACCCAGAGCGACUCCACCUUCAUCUUGGAUGAUCUGGUUGCUGAACUUAAUGUAAGUGUACAGCCUGUGCAGCUUAAACUCAGCACAAUGACAGCUGUCGAUACAGUCAUAGCAAGCAAGGCUGUGUGCGGUCUACAGGUCCGGGGACUCAACUCUGAAAUUUACGUCCAACUACAUCAGGCGUAUGCACGAGAGUUUA